UUUCCUGUACAUGCCUCUCUCUCGAUGUCAUCGGCGCUUUCAGCAUAACUGUCACUAUAGGAGAGACAGAAAUUACCACAAUUACUUCCUGAGAGGCGGAACAGGGGACUGAAACUAGAGCUCCGUGUACAGUAUGCAGACUCCUGGAAGACUGCGGCUGUCUCACACAACCAGCCUGAUGCGGUUUUAAUGUAAUAGCUGCUGAUGCAAAUGCAGAAAUGAAAGUCAUAACGGUCAAGAUAUGAUCAAAUAUGUAAAUGAGGGGGUCAUUAAAAUGAAAAGAGUCAUCUCAGAAAGGAGGUUAGAAAGCUUGGCACACUAACCGAGUCCUUAAACUGGGAGAAUGGGAGGCAUAGACUCUUUAUUGCCUCGUGACUGGGCUCAUAAAAUGAUGAAUAAAUAAAGCAAUGACAGUGGAGCUCAUGCUGAUGUUAGGAGGGUUUAAUGUUUACCGUGGACUUCCUCUGUUUAUUCACACAAGUUUCAGCUGAAUUGUACUUUGGCCCGCCAUUAGUCUCGCAGGUGUUUGGUCACAAACCGUUGGCAAUUAGAACUGACGAUAAGCUCAGAAGUUUCAUGUCUGAACCAAAGGACGUUAAAGUCCAUCCAGUAAGAUGAGGAGACGUCUCCCGAAAACAUUUGUGCCAAAUGUAAUAGCAAUCUAUGCAUGAGGUAUUUCACUGGAAGACAAUAAUGUCAACUCUGUACACAAUCUGUCCUUCUGUACACAUUACAUCUAUUGCAUCUGUCCAUCCUGGAGAGGGAUCCUCCUCUGUUGUGAAAUUGGGCUAUACAAAUAAACUGAAUUGAAUUGAAUUGAACUCACCGGUGGCACGAUAGACAAAGUCCAGGUCCGCCAGCGCCAGAGGGAUUUAUUCAAAUCAAUUCAAUUCAAUUCAAUUCAAUUCAGUUUAUUUGUAUAGCCCAAUUUCACAAAUUACAAAUUUGUCUCGGAGUGCUUUACAAUCUGUACACAUAGACAUCCCUGCCCCAAAACCUCACAUCGGAUCAGGAAAAACUCCCAAAUAACCCUUCAGGGGGGAAAAAAAAGGAAGAAACCUUCAGGAGAGCAACAGAGGAGGAUCCCUCUCCAGGAUGGACAGGUGCAAUAGAUGUAAUGUGUACAGAAGGACAGAUUUAGAGUUUAAAUACAUUCAAUGAAUGUGACAUCCUCUGGGGACCAUGUGUAAUGCAAUUAUUUUUAGAGGUUCACCAACCCAACGGUUCUUUGAAGGUGAUCACCCCCCUAGCUCCGCUUUUAGGAUGGAAAACAGUCAGCGUAACGGCGGGCGGUCAUGUGUCAUGUUCACAUUUCUUCACAGUCCCAGCAUGAAGAGGGCAGACGGUGAUGAAGACGGCGGCGACAGUGAAUCAGCCGAGCGGCCGGAGGCCAAGACUCCAGCGAGCAAACUGGGUGCUGCCACCGUCGGAUCGGACUGGACCAAAGUCAGUUGCCCCUGCUGCGUCUCGGAGCGGGUCGAGCCGUUGGUCCUGGUGAAGCUCGGAGAGAAGGUUCGCCCGGAGACGAAGAGGUGGCUCAUCCGAGUGAUCGGAACGCCUCAGAAAGAUGGAGGCGCUGCAUUGCUGGCCCACCCGGGUGAGGACGCCAGUGGUGACAUCAUCGUGCUCUCCGCCCCGCGCUGCACGUUACUUAAAGCCACGGAAGAGUUGGGUCUAUGUAAAAUGUACCACACCGAGGAAUUGGAAGCCUUCUCCUACAACGACAGAGACAACUUUAAGAAUGCAGACAACAUGGAGGUGUUCCUGACCCUGGCGGAGCGGCAGUACAUCGUGAAGUACGAGCUGGACGGUCUGCGGGCGCAGAGGGACCUGAGGGUACCCGGCCUGGCCGACAACUACACGCUGCAAUACCGCGACAACGUCUGGCGGAAGCUCGAGUCAGCGGGUGUCAUCGUGGACACACUUCCCCUCCACAACCCGGAACAACUGAAGGAUCUCAGUGAGGCCUGGUAUUCUGGGAAUCAGCUGGCUCAGCCUCUGGAUUCAGUCAACAAGUAUUUUGGAAGCUCCGUGGCUUUCUACUUCAGCUUCCUGGACUUCUACACCUGGUCUCUGCUCCCGCUGGCCGUACUGGGCCUGACCAUCACAUACUUCUCAUGGGAGGCCCAGAAGGAGAUGAACGAGUCCGUCUCGGACUCGCCGGACACAAGUGACGAGGACUCGGGGCUGGCCGUCAGCGGUCACAUGGUCCAGGCGGUCUUCAGCAUGCUCUGGUCCACGGUGGUCAUGGAGCUGUGGAAGCGCCGGAGCUCCUCCCUGUCCUACCGCUGGGGGACCAUGCACCUCGCCGAGCGCUUCGCCGAGCCCCGGCCCGGCUUCCACGGCGACCUCGGGGUCAACCCUGUGACGCGUCGCGUGGAGCCGCUCUUUUCCGAAUGGCAGCGGGACUUGCGGAUGGCGCUGGUGUCGGUCCCGGUGGUGGGGCUCUUUCUAGGGUUGGUGGUCCUGGGGAUGAUGUGCUUCUACUGGGGGGAGGCCCAGGUGCAACAGCUCCACAGUGACUGGGACUCCCUGCUGUCUCAGGCGCUGCUCUACGCGCCCUCGGUGCUUCACAUCGCCUACGCAAAUGCACUGGGCACCGUUUACUGGACGGUGGCCCGAUCCCUGACUGAAUACGAGAACCAUAGGGAGGAGUCCGCCUACGAGAACCAUCUGACGGCCAAAGUCUUGGUGUUCACCUUCUUCAACUGCUUUGCAGUGCUCUUCCACAUUGCCUUCUUCAAGCAGGACGUGCCUUUGCUUCGUAAGCGCCUGGCGUCUCUGCUGAUAGUGACCCAGCUGUUGAACCAGGUGACAGAGGUGGUCAUACCCUUUCUGGUGGACCGGUUCAUCAGCGCCCCCCACAGGACAGAGAGCGAAGACGACCCGCAGGAGGACCAAUUUAGGAACCAAAGCACUCUGCCUGUUUUCCCCGGCUUGUUUGCGGAGUACAUCGAGCUCCUGGUGCAGUUUGGGUAUCUGAGCCUCUUCUCCUGCGUGUUUCCCCUGACGGCCGUGCUGCUGCUCCUCAACAACCUGACGGAGAUCCGAACGGACGCCUACAAGAUCUGCAAACUCUUCCGGAAGCCCUUCUCUCCGCCCGCGGCCAGCAUGCGCGUGUGGCAGGUCGCCUUUGAGAUCCUGAGUUUCGUCUCUGUGGUGUCCAACUGCUGGCUGCUGUUCCUGUCGCCGUGGUUGCAGAAGGUGUGCCAGGAGGGCGGGUUGAGUGGCACCAACCUCCUGCUAUUGGCUGUUCUGGUGGAGCACCUGCUGAUCUUGGUGAAGUUGUUGAUGGCGGUGCUGAUACCCGAUGAACCGGCCUGGGUCCGAAAGAAGAGGGAGCAUAUUGAGUUCACAUCCAUGCAGGCCCUGAGAGAGCAGAAGCUGCGCUGAGAGGGGGGGUCUCGAUCGCGCCCACCGAAGCGGCGAGCCGUUGCUUGUGUUGGCGCCGCUUCCACGAGAAGACGGUACCGGCCUCAGCGUUGUGUGGACCCGCGUCGGAGAAGAGCCUCAGACCUUCAGCGGGCUCCCAAACACUGCCCCCUGUACCCGUUAGUGGUUCUGCUGCUCGCAUUAAUGCACUGUUUUUAAGAUGCACACUCAUAUUACACGCACACUGUAAGUGCCACUGAAACAGCAGCCAAAGAGUGUUUCAUUUUAAAUAUUAAGACUGCAAAUGGAAUGUAUGGAUUAUGUGUGCAGACGCCCGCUAAAAAAAGUAUUUGGCAUGCUAACGGAGGUUUUCACAGGGUUGGUCUAGAUUUAAUGGGGAUGUUGAAUCCCUUUUGCUACAGUACGUACAGUCAGUAGUUACAGUCGGAAGUAUUCGAUGUUACCAUCAGAGUCCGAGGCAGAAACAAUAGAAUAUGUUUUGGGUUUCUUUGUCUGGAGUAGUGUUUUUGCUCACAUCACCUAUAGUGAUGAGCCAUAGUUAGUGUCAUAAUAAGAGGAGAGUAUUUAUCGCUGCGUACCAGUUGCAGUAGAAAAUACCAAACAAAGCAAGUCUUUAAGACAACAAGAAACGUAUCUAUCUCCUUCAAGCUGCUCUAACGGUUCCCUCGUCAACAUGCAGAGCAUUAAUAUACCACCAAAUAGCUUUUUGAUAGUGGAGUAAUGACUCCCUCUGCGUGCUGUAAUCCGAGCUUCUCCUCGCUUUGUUACACAGUCGUGCCUGUUAGCACGUAGCGUAGCGCUCACCCCGCUGGUUAUCACUGUUAACUUCUUCAGCACUGUUAGUGCUGUGAAGCACCUCUUAGAUGCGAGCUGCCAGCAUAUCGAGAGGCAAUAGAUGAGCUCUGCAUCUUCACUUUUGGACAGCUUUAACUAUAAAACCUUAUAAUAAUGAAACCACAGAGAAUUAUCACCCGCCUGUGGUCGACGGAGCAUCACUGCAUCUCUGAGCUCAUCUUUUGGUUUUUAUCGUUGCCGUUUCGAUCGACUCGCACUGAAUUGAGUUGUUUUCCAAAAAGUAAGAACCACUAAGAUCGAGGCUGAGGAGCAGGUGGAUACCAAACACCAACAGGAGAGGGAAUAUUGGACCGUGGCACAUCUGUGACGCGCCAUGAACACAGCAAAUGAUGAACCGACAUUUGAUUGGCUUCGAAAGUGACGGAGAGCUACCAAAGAGCCGCUGUGUGCUUUUAUUAUAUUAGAAAUGUAAAUAUUUCUUAAAUGUGUGUGGGUUUCCGUCUUCUACCUGUUCUGUGCCUCUAAGAACGCCUGCUGUGCUGCGACAACCAAUUCUGCUGUUAUUCUAUAUUUGAUAUACAUUUGAUGAAUCCUCCGGGGAAGUCCACCAUUUCUUCCACACUUGCCUGUCGGUGGCAUAUUGCUUUUUCCUUAUUAAGUUAUUGACUUUAAGAGUUAUUAUUAUUCUUUCCAGCCACCAGGAGGCACUGUAAGCUUUCCAUGUCAUUCCACGUGCAGCUUUUCACAGUAGAUGCCCUGGUGGCCUCAGUGAAGAUGCAGAAGUGAGGUGAUGCUUCCUCAUGCGGUAGUAAAUGUGCACUCCUGACAUUAAUUAUACGCCUGUGUGUGUGUGUGUGUGCUCUUUUUUGAAGGGUUUCUGAAGAGAUAGUGAAGGUUAAAACUUUUAGAUAAUCUGGUUUCAGGUCAGAAAACGGAGGUUUAAUGUUUUGCCCUUUCAAUAAACUCACAGAAUGAAACUGCG